CCAAUCAAUCUCAAUGAAUCAUAACAAAACGAAGAAGAGCUUGUUGGUUCGUCGGAGUUGUAUUAAAGGAAACUUGAGCUGUUGAAAUUGAUCCUUGUAGUUUGAAGUUAAAAGACAAUCUUUUCAUCCUUGUUAAUAUUCUUUGUUGUUAAAAAUAGAAGCUGCUGCAGUUCCGAUGAAGUUAAUAUGAAGUAUAAGAGGUUAAAGUUUAGCUAGCUAGCUCCUGCUAGCUGAGUAGUUGACUGAUGUCUGUUCGAUCAUCUCUGGUGGAGUGCGUAGUUCUUUUUCUGCAAGAUGCCUGUGUCUUUUAUCCAUAUUGCAAAGGUUGUUUCUCCAGGAUUCAAGUUGAACACCUGGACCCGACAAGAUGCAGCUGCUCCAAGUGUGGUUACAUUUGCCUGAGGGAAAAUGUUGAUCACAGAUAUCGUCUCUCCCUGAGGGUGACCCGGGACAAGUGCAUAUUUGGAGUCACAGUAUUUGGGACAUGCUUGAAUCCAUUCUUUGGCAUUCAUGCAACAGGUUUACAGAGGUUGGUUGAGAAUACAGAUGAACCAGGUGAAGAAUCGAGCAGAUCCACAUUGUUGGCGAAGGCUGUCCAGGAUUGUUUCAUCGGCAGACAUGUCAUCUUUGGUAUAAAGGUAACUGAAAAAGAGCCUAAGCCUUGGCUAGGAAGGCCUGAUGGCUCCAGCAGCAAAGACACAGUCCAAUUAAUCGCCACCCAGAUGAUUCUUCCCAAAGCUUUAAGCCUGGGAGGCUGCACAGUGGUCAGUUAUUAUCGGAGUCUUCUUCAGAAAGCUGCAGAAUACGAGCUGGGAUCUGCUGAGCAAAGGAAACCUUCUGGACCCCUAGAAACACCACUACUGUUGCUCCCUUAUCAUUCCACUGCCAGCAGCAUCGACAAUGCUUCACUCUGUACCUCAGGUCUUCUAAGUCAAUCACUGCAAAGAUCCCAAUACCAAGACUGCACCCUUACUCCUACCCCUCCAUGGCAGCAAUCACUGGGGCUUGUGACUUCAUCAGCAGAGCAAGAGGAAGGCUGCAGCACCUUGGACAGUAAAGAGGAGAAGAGGUUCAAAAACAAAACACCAAAUCAUGUGCAGAGAGAGAACCCGGGGUACCACAAAGUUGUUGAGGAGAGAAGACAGUCAUCACCUCCUCCUUCACAGUGCAACUCUGUCAAUAGUCCUUUGUUUGCCAAGUUCUCAGACUCAUCUAUUGAUAAAGUCGUUGGAAAGACCCCCAUCCUAGACACUCGGUUUAGUCCCUCCUCACCUACAAGACAUUUAACAAAUUCAUUUUUGUCAGACUCAUUAGCUUGGGAGGAUUUGCCUUUCUCUGAGAGUCUUACAGAGUUUUUGGGGGAGGAAAAUCAGAAAGAAACAAGACACAACCUGGAAGUCAGAUCACAAAGCAAGAACUCAUCAGGUGAAUCGUGUGUAUCUCAAAAAUAUACACAGAUAACAGACAGCUUCUCACAAACAUUAGUGGGCAUCAUAGAUACACCGGCACCAAAUAUAGUUGACAGACAUGAUUUAUCUGAGCAGGUAUGUAGAGCACAUACGGUCGGAGGUUUACACAACUUUCAAGCCAGGACAUUGUUACCUCAGGAGGAUGAGAAUGCUCAUUCUGUUUCUUUUGACAACGAAGAAGAGGAACAGCUUGAAGACGACUCUUAUAAUUGUUCUGCGGACCUUUUCAGUAGCUCACCAAUGAUCAACAUGAGCACAAACGCACACACACAAACUGUUGUAACGUCCACAGAAGCUUCUCCGCUGCUUUCUAUGCCAAGAAAACAGCACAUGAGUGGAGGAGGGUUGAAUGUUUCACAUACAACACCAUACAAACAGAAUCUAAGAAGUAAUAGAUGCAUUAACGAAGACUACUUCAUUCUGCCAGGCACACAAGAUUUUGACUUCAUCCCUCCUUCUCAGUCGACCCCCAUUGUAAAAGUAUCUGCAGUGACAGGAUCACGUGCCAAAAAAAGAACAUCAGCAUUUGGUGAGUCGCAAACUCCCUGUCCAGACUUUUGUCCUUACAAAAAUCUGCAUGUAUUGGAUGGUAAAAAAACACCCAAAAGCCCCUCUUCUUCUUGUAAAUCAAAAAGCGUCAGUGCCAAUCAGCUGCCCCAGUGUGGCAGAGAGUCUACCAAAGAAAAUUUGUUGUGUAGUACGACAUUCAGCAGACGCAGAUUAAUCUCAAAGGGGAGAUUUUGGAAGCAUAAAAAACAUCUGCUGGCUCAAGAGUCCCCGAGGGUCCCGAGAGGGGCUCUGAACUCAGGAUCACCAAGGACACUCAAUGACACAUUUGACUCAAGUUGUUAUGAUGUGACUGUGUGUGAUACUGAAGACAGCAAUGCACUUUUUGUUCCUCCUACUCCUGCUGCAAAAUUACCUCUGAGUGUGAGGCUACGAACGCAAAGUCAGACCGAGAACAGCAGCAGUAUAUCGGACUGGACUGAAGAGCAGCAGGAAGAAGGAGUGAGUUGUAAACAUCCUGUGACAUCAUCACAGAGAGGCGUGAUACAAACAAGCAACUCUGACAGUGAAACUUGUGAGAAAGAGAUGCUUGAUGGAUCCAAUUGUUACUUCCCUGAUGGUGAGAAUGAGGCAUGCGAUUGGUCUAGAGAUCUGUUCUCCGACUCAGUCUGAGAGGUUCUGCUGCAAAUGGACGUAAGAAUGUAUCAAAGGAAUUAAAACUUUUGUCAUGUAUGUUAUGUUGGCAACCCAAAUUAUGAUGUCUAUCUUUAUUUUAAAGAGUAAAACUACUGCUUUUACUACCA